CUUCAUAACGGCUGUGGACUCAUCUGCAUCAGCAACCAUGGUUCUGGAGGACAACGAGUGUGACUCUGUCUUUGAGCCUACAAUCACUGAUGAGCAUGUGGAGACGCAGUAUGGAAAUGUCCACUGCAUCAUGACAGGAACUCCAAGGGCAAACCGCCCCGUCAUCCUGACUUUUCAUGAUGUUGGACUGAACCACAAGUCUUGUUUUGAGCCGCUGUUCAACCAUGAGGACAUGCACGAAAUUACAAGACAUUUGCCUGUUUGUCAUGUCGAAGCACCUGGACAACACGAGAGAGCAAAAACUCUGCCAGCUGCGUAUACCUACCCAUCCAUGGACCAGUUGUCCGAAGCUCUGCCUGCUGUCCUCAAACACUUUGGGCUGCGCAGUGUGGUUGGAAUAGGAGUUGGAGCAGGAGCUUACAUCCUGGCGAGAUUUGCUCUGAAUCACCCUGACCUGGUGGAUGGAUUGGUUCUGAUCAAUGUCAACCCCAGUGCCGAAGGAAUUAUUGACAGUGUUGCCUCCAAGAUCACCGAAUGGACCCACACUCUCACAGACCAGGUCAUUGCACACUUGUUUGGAAAGGAGGAGAUCCAGACAAACCAUGACCUCAUAGCUACAUACCGUCAUCACAUCACAACCACAAUGAACCAGUCCAACGUGAGCCAGUUCUUCCGCUCAUACAACCAACGCAACGCACUGGAAGUGGAGAGGCCUAUUCCUGGGGGAAACAUCAAUGUCAGGACCCUCAAGUGCUCCACUCUGCUGGUUGUAGGAGAUGACUCACCAGCUGUGGAGGCUGUGGUUGACUGCAACUCCAAACUCAACCCCACCAAGACCACGCUGCUCAAGAUGGCGGACUGUGGAGGACUUCCUCAGGUGUCUCAGCCAGCAAAAGUGACUGAAGCCUUCAAAUAUUUCAUCCAGGGCAUGGGACACUUGUCAAGUGCCAGCAUGACCAGACUUCGCUCACGGACAACCUCCAGCUCCAGCAUCUCGUCCUACGAUGGCUCUCGUAGCCGGGCACACACCAAUGAGCUGCGUGGCAGAACACACUCUCAUGGCACUGAAGAGAAGCGCGGGCGCUCACACACUGAUGUCUCUAUGGAUAGUUUUUCCAACAGCAAUGUGGACCAGAUCAUCUCAAAGUCCACUGAGCUGGCAUGUUAGUUUCCCUAAAUCCUAUGCACUUAAACCCACUCAUACCUCAUUAUAUCCACCAGAUAGGACCCCUCCUCUUUUAUUCUCCAGAUAUUUUUCAUGCCCUUUCAUCUGCACUAUCUCUAGUUAAGAAGUCACUAGUCAUGUGACUCCAUAUGACUUUAAUCUAGGCUUUUGUAUACUCUUUCUAUAUCUUCAUUUUAACCCAUCCGUCCAUCAAAGUCCUUCUUAUUGUACCCUGAACUGUCGCUGUAUGUCUCUACCUCUGUUUCUUCUUUUCUACGUAUUGUCUUCUCCCUGUCCCUCUUCAUGUCUUUGUCUUCUUCUUUUCUCCCCUUGACACUGUUCACCUUGUACUUCAGAUUCUGCUCCAAGCUUCCUCAUGCUCUGAUAUCCUUCAUGGCAUACACAACAUGAGGAAAUUAUGGAGACAGGAAUAUGAAUGUUAAGUCCUUAAGCUAACACGUGUUGAUGUGAAUCUCAUAUGUGAAUUCAUUUAUCAAGGGUACAAAUUAAGCUGUAAAGAUAUAUCCAAGUGUAAAAACUGGAUGAUUAUAACUGUGUGUUAUUGACUAUAUGUGACCAUGACAGCUAUGUGCUAUUAAACAGCAAGAAUGUAUUUCACAUAUAUUUUA